GGGUGUCCUUUGUUGCCUCGCUUGCUGAGUUUUAGAACACGAUUUCUGGAUCUGGGCUCGGUCACUAGUUCAUAGAUUGCUUUGUUUCCAAAACAAUUUGCCGUUCUUUGCGGAUCUCUCCCUCUCUCUCUUAAUUUGUGCAGAGAAGUUCCUGCCGCGCUUUCUGUAUACUAGUCACUGAUCUACAGCAUUUUUUCCGCAGAUCGCGGAGAUUCUCUGUAGUUAUUGGUGAUCUAGUCAGCGGAGUUGAUCACUGCAUUGGACAAGCUGAAUUUGACUCGAAUCAUUCGAGUUCCACACUUAAUAUUCGUGUUUUUCUCUGUAAUCAUUCAAGUUCAUUGAUCGAUUCUCGACUUCACUGGGACGACUUUCUCUGUCUACAGAGUCCAAAAUCAGAUCUCAUAACAGAUCAGCCUGAGUUAACGAGUUCUUACUUCUCAGCUUAACUUUGCAGUCUAUCAAAGGAUUUCUUAACUAUGAUGGCCGGGAGGAAGGCAGGUCUGAUUGCCUUAUUCGAUAUGGAUGGAACACUUACGGCUCCAAGGAAGGUAGUGACUCCAAAGAUGUUCGAGUUUAUGCAGAGACUUCGAGAGGUUGUUACGGUUGGAGUAGUGGGAGGAUCUGAUCUUGCUAAGAUAUCAGAGCAGCUUGGAAAGACAGUUAUUAAUGACUAUGAUUAUGUAUUUUCUGAAAAUGGUCUUAUUGCUCACAAAGAUGGGAAGCUUAUUGGCAGUCAGAGCUUGAAGUCAUUCUUGGGAGAAGAAAAACUCAAGGAAUUUAUUAAUUUCACACUUCAUUAUAUUGCUGACUUGGACAUACCAUUAAAAAGGGGAACAUUCAUUGAAUUCCGAAGUGGGAUGCUUAACGUAUCACCAAUUGGAAGAAAUUGCAGUCAAGAAGAGAGGGUUGAGUUUGAAAAGUAUGAUAAGGUUCACAACGUACGGCCAAAAAUGGUCUCUGUGCUUCAAGAGAAGUUUGCUCACCUUAACUUGACAUUUUCAAUUGGAGGACAGAUAAGCUUUGAUGUAUUCCCCAGUGGUUGGGACAAGACCUUUUGUUUGAGAUACCUUGAGGAUUUUCAUGAAAUCCACUUCUUUGGGGACAAAACUUACAAGGGUGGAAAUGACUACGAAAUUUAUGAAUCAGAGAGAACUGUGGGUCACACAGUCACCAGCCCUGAGGAUACAGCGGAACAAUGCACAGCUCUCUUCCUUGGCAAGGAAGCCAGAAGCCUCUAAGCCUAUUGCAACUCAAUAAUGUCCAUCUAGUAAUUAACUGCUAAAAUAUACUGUUUCAGAAUAAAAUUAUUUAAUGUGGAAUUUUUUUUCUGGAAACUCACUCAAUCUUAUCCCCACCCCACCGCCCAAAUAAAUAAAUAAAAACCCUACUAUCUUCUUGUGCUA